AUGGCUAGCACCGUAGGCCAGACUAUCACCUGCAAGGCCGCAAUUGCGUGGGCCGCCGGAGAGCCCCUCUCCAUCGAAGACGUUGAGGUCGCACCUCCCAGAGCCAACGAGGUUCGCAUCCAGGUUCACCACACCGGUGUCUGCCACACAGAUGCCUACACUCUCUCCGGAAAGGACCCCGAGGGUGCUUUCCCCAUUGUCCUCGGUCACGAGGGUGCCGGUACCGUCGAGUCCGUCGGCGAGGGCGUCACCUCCGUGAAGCCUGGCGACUAUGUCGUUGCUCUUUACACCCCCGAGUGCCGGGAAUGCAAGUUCUGCAAGUCUGGCAAGACUAACCUCUGCGGCAAGAUCCGUGCCACUCAAGGCAAGGGUGUGAUGCCCGACGGCACCUCUCGUUUCAAGGCCCGCGGCAAGGACAUCCUCCACUUCAUGGGUACCUCCACCUUCUCCCAGUACACUGUUGUCGCCGACAUCUCCGUCGUCGCUGUUACCCCCAAGAUCCCCACCGACCGAUCCUGCCUGCUUGGCUGCGGUAUCACAACCGGUUACGGUGCCGCCGUUGUCACCGCCAAGGUUGAGGAGGGCUCCAACGUUGCUGUUUUCGGUGCUGGAUGUGUCGGUCUUUCCGUCAUGCAGGGUGCUGUUAAGAACAAGGCUGGCAAGAUCAUUGCCGUCGAUGUCAACGACACCAAGGAGGAAUGGUCCCGCAAGUUCGGUGCCACCGACUUCGUUAACCCCACCAAGCUCAACGGUCAGACUAUCCAGGAGAAGCUGAUUGAAAUGACCGACGGCGGUUGCGACUACACCUUCGACUGCACGGGUAACGUCGGUGUCAUGCGCGCUGCCCUCGAGGCGUGCCACAAGGGAUGGGGUGAGAGUAUUGUCAUUGGUGUUGCUGCUGCUGGCCAGGAGAUCUCCACUCGACCAUUCCAACUCGUCACUGGCCGUGUCUGGAAGGGUUGCGCCUUCGGUGGUAUCAAGGGUCGUACUCAGCUCCCCGGUCUCGUAGACGACUAUCUCGACGGCAACCUCAAGGUUGACGAAUUCAUUACCCACCGCGAGGCUCUGUCCAACAUUAACACCGCCUUUGAGCAGAUGAAGGCUGGCGACUGCAUCCGCUGCGUCGUUGACCUGUCAUAA